AUCAAAUAAGGAACUAGGCACGUGAUUGCUCCCGGGAAAAGAAAGAUGGCGGCGGAUAAUAUGUACACAAUCCACUUUUAUGUCUUAUUUGUUCUUUUAACGCUUCGAUGUUCUUCUAGUUUUAUCGGCAAUGGUGAGAACUACCGACGGAAUUUAUCCCUGGAGCUUAACCCUGGUCUAAACUCCUCGCUGACGCCGCUACCCCCUGGUGUUGGCUUGCUCCAUGUGCGGGCGCUGGGCAAGAACAACACACUGCACUACCUCCUCUGCAGCCAGGGGGCGCCAGCAUUACUACUGGUGCACACAAACUCCACUUCAUCCAAGGUGAAGGUAGACUGGCCUGCCUUCUUGGUACAAAAUACCACAGGCAGCCUGAAAUUGACUCCGGAGAGCAGUGUUCUGUACAGCAACGCACUCGUCUUUACCAGGCUGUGGGAGUACGACGAUGUCAACGACACAGCCGUCCCCGAGCACCUACCCCCCUCCAGCUUCUUCCAGCCCUACGAUCUGCAGAACUUCACCUGGGAUGACCUGAACAAGACACUUGACCCCAUGGCCCACACCGCCCUGCUCUGUGGAAGAGGCGCCAGCGAGAGCUUCAGCAACGGUUCGCUCUGUCUGAAGUUCUCAGCCUUUGAUGUUGAGGGGCGGGACCAAGGCUGGCCCAGCCUCCUCCACAACGCAAACUCCUCCCAGCUGAGGGUGGUGCUGGACGGUGUGGUCCCGAGGUCCAAUCGCUCCCGCUUCUCUCUAGAGCUACAGGUUGUGGGCGGCACCCAGGUCAUGAGCAGAGUGGACGUGCUCCAGUCAAUAGAUGAUGAAUACACACCCUCCAUAUUCAAGGUAUCUCAGUGGGUGUCCUCUCCAGUCAACUCCACCUCUCCUGUUCUUGGCUACGCCCAAUGGAAGCCCGUGGCCUACCGCAGGCCAUCGCCUGUCUUUGAGGACGCCACUCCCUGCCGCCACUCAACCCCUGUCCCCGUAGCCCAGCUUCCCCCCUCCGGCCUAGUGCGGGCGUAUUUUGGAGGGGAGCGCCAGACCACCGGGCUCAACAUGACCUUCAGUAUCACUGGAGACCCAUUCUACAACACCACCAACUACCUCAGCUGGACUGUGUUGGUGGGGCUGGGCUCUCCUCCUGUGGACUCGUUCUCUCCCCUGGUUCUGGUCAUCAUGGCGGUGGGGCUGGGCACUCCCAUGCUGAUCAUCCUGCUUGGCGGGGUAUGUGUGUGUGUCCGCAAGAACAGGCCCCAACCACAGGUCUAUGAGCCAAUCAACUGAGGCCAAGCCAGGAUAUGUGUACUUUUAAGUCCUGCUUUGACCAGUUUCUUGCCAAUGAGCAGACACCUCUGGGCCCAUUUUUUUUCCAAAAGUUAUCUGGAUUUAGCCUAUCGGAUAGGAUUGAAUGCAUAGAAAUAGAAUGGAUGAAUCAUUUACUUGAAUGGGGACAACUGUUCUAUUACUUAUAUUUCUAUGCAUUUAAUCCUAUCUGAAAAACUGGGCCCUGGUGUCCGGCAGGUGUCACUCAUUUAUAAAAAAUGAGGUACAUGACUGUCUAAUAUGGCCACCCAUUGUUGGCACAACGGGCCACUAAGGCUUUGACAGAAACACAUUUUUAACCACUUGCAUAAUUUAGGAAUGGGCUGAAUCAUCUUGUGGAAGAGAAAGCCCAUGAAUGAGUUGAUUUAGUUGUGCUUGGAAAUGCCAAAGGCUCCCAUCUCAAACCUAACAUUCCAUGUGAGAACAUAUUUAUCCAGAAAAUUGUGAAAAGGCUAGUUACUGUAGUUAAGGAUGUUUUUUCAUUGUAAAACUCAAACGGCGUACACUGUCCCUCCAGUUCUGUGUAAAACAGUAUAUUAUCUUAUUGUUGCUCAACAAACAUUAGUACAUGAUGACAUGUUACACGUUUGGCACUGCCUAUCUAGAUAUACUGACCUGACAUGAGUCCUAACUAAUAAUGGACUCAAGCAUAUAUCUGAUGGCAGAAGAAGAGCUACAAAGGAGUAGGGGCUUUUUUUCUCUUCGAUAACACUGAUCUGAGGUCAGUUUGUACUGUAAUGGUUUAGGAAUUGGUCAAACUAAAAUAAUCCAAGAUCUGCACCUGAAGGAGACUCAUACCUGGAGCAGUGAAAGGAAAAUAAAUCUCAAGAGAAGAAGCUUAAAGGAACAAGAUUUGUUGCUUUCUUUCCCAACCCCUUGGAUGUUAUUGGUUGGGGUAAGGGGAAGCCUAGUUAGGGUCCAUGUGCUACACCCAAAGUGAACUGAAAUGCGAUGUUUGAUUUAAUGUCAAUGAAGUUAGAAAUCGGUAUGGGAUUACAAAAUAUUUGAUAAUAUUGUAAUUAAUGUUACUACUUUUAAGGCCGUGUUGAUUAUAGUUCUCCUUUGGAAUUAAUUUAAAACAAGCUUCAAAGUCAUAUUCUGGUUGUAAUCACAGUACAAGAGAAUAAAUGGCCUUGAUUAUUUACCUGUAUUUGUCUAUUAGGCAACAAUGUGUUACCUUAAUUUUAGGACUAAAUGCUAAAUUUAAUGCAAAAACACCAGUACCUGAAAUAUUAUUAUGCAAGAAUCUAAUACACAGGUCACAUUCAUUUGUAUUUUGAGGAAAUGCUCCCUUUCAAUAGUAAUGUAAUGGUCUGUCCAUAAUUGUCUUUUUCUUGAAGAAAUGUACUGGCAAGUUAUUUCCUGCUCUCAUUUAUUUUUCUUUUAAAACAAUGGUACACAAUGUCAUAAGAUGUUUAAAAAAUGACAUGUAAAUAACUGGUUUCUUGGCCACAUUAAAUACACAAAGUUUAAGAUGUGUUUUUAAAAAACUUUUCAUCACUACUAGAGGGUGAAAAGACACCAUUCAUAUUAGAAUGUACAUCAUUGUAUUACAAAAAUCCAUAUCAAUACAAAUAUAUUUUUUACA